ACCGGCGCAUAAUAUCGACGUCAUUUCCGUGCCGCGGAAAAACACGGAAGUGUUGUUGAGAUGAAGCUGAAAUUCGUGUGCAGUCAAUGGGCUGGAGAGCAAUGAUUUUGUAUUUUGCGAUACUGUUUGUAGCACUGUACCUGGUUUUUACAAGCUUGAUAAGUCGUCGAUACAACAGUACACACUUGGUAUCACGUAUUGAACUGUUGUCCAACUCUUCUCAACAUGCCAGUUGUGCUUGGGAUGCAAAAGAAACGUGUCUUCCAUCCGAUGCACCGCGCGCACUGUUGGUCACUGCACAUCCAGAUGAUGAGUGCAUGUUUUUCGCACCUUCGAUAAUACUGCUGCGGAGGCAAGGCAUCUCUGUGCAUUUGCUAUGCUUGUCGUCUGGUGAUUAUUAUAACCAGGGUGCCCUGCGCAAAAAGGAACUCUUGGACAGCGCGGCCGUGUUGGGGAUACCCGCUUCACAGGUGUCUCUCAUCGACCACCAACAGCUGAAGGAUGACCCAAAGGCAGAAUGGAGCGUCGCGUUGACCUCAUCCAUCAUCCUGAAGCACAUCCAGAGGCAUUCCAUCAGCCUCGUGCUGUCAUUCGAUGGGAGCGGUGUGAGUGGCCAUGCGAAUCACAUUGCCCUUUACAAGGCCCUCAGUCACCUGGUUGGCACUGGGCAGAUACCAGACAGCUGUCAUGUCCUGGCCCUGAACUCCAUCAGCGUCUUUAGGAAGUACCUCUCCAACAUGGACCUGUAUAUCAGUCGGCUGUUUCGCUCUGACCUCUUGUGCACAAUUGGAUCUAAGGAGUACAACCAAGCCAAGCGAGCCAUGUAUUGCCACCGUAGCCAACUGGUGUGGUUUCGCCACCUGUACAUAUUCUUCUCUCGCUACAUGUACAUCAACACGUACAAGUCCAUCCUCGCCGAAAAAAGGGACUUUAAAAUAUAUUAGUUUUGAAGGUCUCCGUUUUACACGUCCAAAGAAUGUAUCGCUUAAACCUGUGGGUUAUGUCAUACACUAGUGUCCUCACCACUUCGUUUGUAUGUUGUGAUCAUACAAACUAGUGUUAAACAUGCAGUUGGACUCCAAUUGGAUAUUUAAGACAAAUGUAUGGUCAUUAUUGGACUAUUUCACGGUUUUACCAUUUUCCAAGGGCUGCUACUGUUGUGUUUUUUUCUUUUUCUUGAUGGUUAUGGGUUGUAGAUGUUCCAACCUUCAAUAUGUGCCAAAUGGAAGCCUAUGUUUUAUUGAGCAUCCAAGUGUUCCUUGGUUCGAUUCUGAAUCAUGUGUUCAAUGGUUCUAAUGGUUAUGGUUAUUUUGGGUCACUUAUUCUUGAAUUCAACACUCAAUGUGUUAAAUAGCAGCCUUGAACAGAGAUUAAGUGUAAAUCGUUUUGUACUGUUCAUCCAUGCGUUGCAGAUUAGACCCUGCUGCCUAAAUCCUUUACACAGCGCUGCUGAUGAAAGUCUGGCUGGAAUGUAAAGUGUGACGUUUAGACCAUGUAUUCUCAAACUGUUUCAGGCCGAAGACCACUUUGUCCCCCCAAAAAAUGUUCAGGGACCACCUGUCAACUGAAUUGACAGCUUAUGGGUGCUAUUUCGACACGGCUCAUUUUGAUGCAGAUCACUUACUUUUUACUCACAUUUACAAGCCUGUCUUGUUGUGGUGAAAAUAUGACUUUAGCUAUGUUAAGCUUUGUAAUAAUGUUACAAAUAUAGCGUACUGCUAGCUUGUCUUCGAAAAGUAGAAAUACCCUCAUGGACCACCUGAGCUCUGUCAUGGACCACCAGUGGUCCCCGUACCACACUUUGAGAAUCACUGGUUUAGACCAAUGAUUUGGUCUGGAGAACUAUAGAAUUCUAAAUGGGACCAGAUCCAAGUUCUUCCAUUUGUAGGUCAAUUAGAAAAUUGGGGGUUAAUGUGAAAGUCCUUAAUGGCUACCAAAAACUGAUUUAUAAACUGAAUUGAAUUGUUUACAAAUGAUUUCCAAUUGUUGAGUAAGCUAUGUGUACCUAUUUUAUUAGUAACAAAGCACUGAUUUUGAUGUUUUUAGGCACUAGAAUGUUUGAAUUUUUGUUGCGAUAAUUAAUAUUAUCUGCUUUUUCAAUCAUGAAGUGCUUUUGUUUUGUUUUGACUGGCUGUCUACUUCCCUGUGACAACUACCUCAAAUGUCACUUGGGUUCAUUUCACAUAUUUGGAAGAUAGGCCUACGUACUGUAGUUUUGGGUGAAUGUUUUUCUUGAUGCACUAUUAUGAAGCAAUGGAAUAAAUUAAGACAAAUUUAAUCAAUUCA